UUUAAAAUAAAAAAGAAAAAAUCAUAUUAAAUAAAAUUUCAACGUUCUUUUAAAGUCGCCAAUUAUAUGACAGUCGUUACCUUCUGUCAAACUUCAGACAUUUUUUUCGUCAGAUUUAAAUUUAAGCAAGUUCUGAAGAAUUUUACCUGCAAUUCGUUUUAUAAAAUGAUGUAAAAUUAUUAAUUAAAACAUAACUUUUGUUCUUAAUACUUUGCUGAGAUAAUUCAUAGUGUCAAAGUAGUUUUAAGUUAUAAAACAUCGCAUCAUCCUAUUUCAAAUUACCGUGAAAUAAAAAUAACAAUGACGCUUUUGUAGCAAAAAAAUAUCGAUGUACUGAUAAAAAUGAAUUACAUAUUCAUAUUUAUUUUAAUUGGAUUUACAACAACGGGAGCCAAGGCCAAUCCUAAGACGUUUUGUCCCGAACGGUGCACAUGCCGAAAAGCAGGAACGUCAAGCGAUACAACCAGCACAGCGGAUGGCAAAUCUUUUGAAAAUGACGCUGAUAUCGAUUCCGGGUGGAUAGUGAAAUGUGGUGGCACGGAGACAAACAAAAUUAUCAGCAUCAAAGAGAUUCAAUUUGGGGAAAUCGAGGAUCAAAUUGCUCAUCUAGACAUGAGUAAAAAUAAAAUAUCCUAUUUGGAGUUUGAAAACUUUUUGAAUAUGUCCAACUUGAAAAAGUUAGAUUUGAGCUUCAAUGCCUUGCGUGAAAUCGAUGAAACAUCAUUAGGAGAGUUGCGAUUGCUGGAAAAACUUAAGCUGCGGAAUAAUCAAAUUGAACACAUUUACCAGGGAUCAUUUGAUGGAUUGCAUUCUCUUAAAAUGCUAGAUAUCUCGGUGAAUCCACUUGCUUGCGAUUGUAAUUUGUUAUGGUUAAUUCCGUGGUCGCUAAACAUGAGUGUUAAGUUACCACAGAAACCAAAGUGUGCUAGUCCACUUGCAUUUAAGGACCAAUUUUUGAGCAAGUUGAAAGUGGGAGAGGAUUUGCACUGUGAAUCACCGCUGGACAGAUCAAUUCAACUGAUUCCUGACACACCGCAAUUGAUAUUUGAAGGUGACUCUUUGACACUAAGAUGUCGUGCACCCAGAAUCGCCGCUGGUGGUAUUCGCGAUUCGGAGGACCUACAUUCUACACAUCACUCACCAGUAUUUUGGGGUUGGUCAGAAACUAUUAUCUCCCCAGAUUCAAUUCAAGAUAUAGUUUAUCAUGAUCCUGAGGCAAAAUUUACCUCUGUCACAGUCGAAUUGGGACCAUCAUCCGACUCGGGAUUAAUCGAUUCAAUUAUGAGAAUACCGUUUGCUACACGAAACCAUUCAGGAACGUAUGAUUGUCGACUUAAGUCAGACAGCACACUUUUAUCGAGGAAUGUGACUGUCUUGGUAAUUUCUAACAAAACGCAAUACUGCAUGCCUGAAGUGACAAAAAGUAAUAAGGGUGUUUACUCGUGGCCAAAGACAAUCAGAGGUACUACGGUUGCACUUCAGUGCCAACAUGACGAUGGUAGUGGCGCUUCUGCUCAAAAUGUGUGUAAUAGUCAGGGCUCUUGGGAAGCACUCAACGUAACAACUUGUCCAUAUGUCAUGGAGACAACACGAUUAUUACAACAAUUUUCCACAGUGAAUUUGACUGAAGCGCGAGGCAGUGUCGUAGAUAGUGCAAAAAAAUUAAGCAACUAUACAGGAACACAAAUAUUUUUGGGACAAUUGACAGAUCCAAUGGAUCUGGUUUUCUUAUCUAAGACAAUAACUAACUACCUUGCCUUUGUACACGAAGAACCCGAAUUAGCUAAAACUCUGCUGGAUAUCAUUUCGCAAGUCAUGAAUCUCAAUCGGAUAACGUUGCAACGAGCUCAAGCCAUUGAUUUGACUUGCAAUAAAUUUAUUGACGCAGUCGAAUACAUUGGGCUUAUAAAUCCCUUGAUAGUGCAGCCCAAUCAUGCAAUAGACAUGUUUAUGAUUCCAAGUGAAAAUUUCCAUGGCAUAACUUGUACUUGGAUAAAAAUCAAUCAAAAUCGACGAUCAUUGGAUUGUGUCACGCCAAAUAAUUACCAUACGAUCCCUUUCAAUGAACGUACCAUCGAAGCAUCUAUCCAACUACCUACUACAAUGCAACUACAUUCCACCUCCAUUGAUAGUCUGUUAAUUACUGUUUUUCGCAACAGCUAUCUGUUUCCACAAAAUAAAACAAACACUCUCAUAACAUCUGCAGUGAUUGGUGUAAAGUAUAAAAAUCUUGUUGGCAAUUUGACGGAGCCGAUUCACAUCAUGCUACGUCCAAAACCAUAUCACAACGAAAAGAGUGCACCACGUCCCGUUGUGUGGGAUCAUGAACUUGGUGUUUGGUCAAAUCAUGGCUGUCAACCUGUACAAAUGUCCUACGUUUCUGGAAUGUUUGCCUUCACAUGCAACAGAUUCGGCUAUUAUGGCCUAAUACAAAACAUCAAUUAUCUCAAUGAUUUUGACGAUGAGCGUGCUGGCAAAAAAUUUAGACUAUCGCCACCGGGAUUUUAUGUUGGAAGCUUCAUACUAUUCGCUUGCUUAUGGAUAAAUAUAAUAACGUAUGUGGUAGCUGGUAAUAUGAUACAUAUGUCGCGGCGAAUAAAGCAUUCGUUAAUUAAUACAUGGAUUGCUUUAUCAGCUCUUGUAUUCUUUUUUACUGUGGGUAUAUAUCAAACGGAGAGCUUUGACAUCUGUCAAGUAUUUGGUAUCGUUCUGCAUUAUUUAUCUCUAUCAGUCUUAUUGUGGAUAACGGUAAUAUUUUCACAAUUUCUCAAACGUUUUGCCAAACCAACACGUCUGCCAGAAGAACUAGCAGAAGCGCGACGAGAAAAGAAACCCAUAUCAGGAUUGUAUUUUGUUGGAUGGGGAAUUGGAUUAAUCAUAUGUGGUUUAUCAGGUGCUAUCAAUAUGGAGGAGUAUGCAAGUUAUCAUUUCUGUUUUAUGCGAGCCGGUCCAGCUAUCAGUGCUAUAUUUGUUCCUACUCUAGUAAUACUUUCAUACAUCGUAAUCACAGCUAUGCGGAUACAAUUUAGUUUGAAAGUUCGUGAAGUAAGCCUAAACAUGUCAGAAGGUGCUCAAAUGACAAACGAAAACACCGACCUUGAAUAUGAUCGGCGAAAUGGCAUGAACCGUAGCACGAGUAUGAGUACACAACGAACAACUGGAGGCCAUAGCGAUGACAUCGAACACUCGCUACGUGCUCAGAUAAAAUCUCACGUGAUUGUCCUGGUGCUUGUGCUUGGAACAUGGAUUGUAGGCGCUGUUGCAGUUGCCAGGCCAUUUUCUGAACAUUUGUUGUUUGACGAGGAAAUUUUUAGCAUUGCUUAUGCCAUUUUAUCAACCAUAUUGGGCCUAUUUAUAUUAUUCUUCUUUGGAAUAACGCGAGCAGACGUUCGUCUGAUAUGGAGCACGAUUAAUUGUAGAUACAAAGGAAAUAGAGGCUACACAUGUCGUCCUGCAAAUAUGGUGAUGUUUACAAAGUCUGACUACAAUACGGGAGGAAAUCUAUCAGGAGGAACUUUAGGAGCGACAACUGCUCCAACUGUCGUGUAUCAAGCUAACAUAUCUCGUUCGAACAGUCAAUGUUCCAAAACACGGCCCGUAAGUAUUACUAAUGGAUCUCUGAAGAAAGACGACUUAGUGAUGAUGCACCGACAGCAAUUUGUUCACAACAAUAACUCAAUGGGUACAAUGGCAUCUCGUUUAACAAUAAACGAAUCGGAAACAAAUAACUCCGAGAUAUUUUACAAUCCGAAUCAAAGUCAUGUUGCGAGGAAAUUUUUUAGAAAACAAAAACGUCUUCAAAAACAAAAUAAUAUAGAGAUUCAGCGAAGACAGGAACUUUUCGCUGGAGAUGCCAGCAGUGACAUUUCAUCGGUUAUGGGUUGUCCAGUAAAAAUGAGUGGUUAUCGAAAAGCCAAUUACAGUGAGAUGCUUGGGUCUGGGACAAAAGUAAAUAAUACAAAUAUAAGUAUGAACCAUAAGAUGAUACAAGAUUCGUAUAAUAAUAAAGAGACACGAAACCAAUUUGUUGGACAUCAUUCGUUAUUAUCAGAAAGCGAUUCGGAAUUGUUUAUGAAUGUAUGUCACGAUGGACUUCGGCUCGCUGGUAAAAAAGUUAACAAUCUUGAGUCAAAUAUGAACUUUUAUUCGAGCAUUCCGGAGGAAGAUCAAAGUCCACAUGAAACAGAUACACUCAAAAUGGAUGACAAGCAAAAAAGGUCUCCUUUAGUGGAAAUUCCGGAAGAAGAAGCAAGUAUUGGAAGUCCACUUAAGCAAGUAUUGGAUAAGCAUCGAAGCGAAAGCCCGCAGUACGUAAACUCGCCAAUCCGGAGACAAGAGACAGAAACCAAACAAGAGCCAACAUAUUUUGAGUUAGAGCCUGUUAGUUCUAAUGGUCUAGUUUUAACACUAAAUAGUCCGUUAUCAGCUAUGAAUACUUGCGGCUUGCCGGUGUUGCAAAAAUCACCUUCAGGCUCUGUGAGAAGUAGUGAUUCACUUAAUGACUCCCUCAAUACAGUCAUGAAAUUAGAGAAAGGAGAAGCAUAUGUGUCAGCAGCAUAUGAAAUAACAAAUCAUGUGACCGUUAAGGAAGGAAGUAUGCACGUUUUUGACAAUCAUUUAUCAAAGGACAAAUGGAAGAGUUUAACUGACCUUCCAACCAUCAAGAACAAUCAAGAAAUACUGUAUGAGGAGACAAAGACAAAGUCAAUUUCUUGUGCAGAUCUAAUUAACGACGAUAUUAUCGAAGAAGUUAUAACUGCAGUCAAAAAUCCUUCGGAAAUUCAUCAGAGUCCCAGUAGGGAAGCAUCUAAAACUUGCGAAAAUGAUGAAUUUCCGGCGCCUCCUCCCGCAGAACAACUCCAACAGGAUUUUUCAGACUAUUUUAACAACGUCAAAUACGAUGUACGCACUUCGAGUCCUACUAAUUUUAGCGAGCUAUAUCAAAAUUCUGUUAUCUCCAUUCAAUCGACAGACUACUAUGCACCUCCCGAAAACGAAUUGAAUAUAAUCAUGGCAGCUAAUCUCAAUUUUCAAAUUAGCGACGAUGAGGAUGAUAGUGAGGAUGCAAACUGUUCGCAAGACUUUCUAAUAACUCACCAAAGUCAUCCGGACAGUGACGCAUUGAAUGAAAGUGGGUCAAUUGAUGAGCUUUAUCAACAAAUUAAAUGUAAUUCAAAUUGGAAACGAAAAGAUGGAGAUCACGAAGAUUUAAUAAAUGAAAACAGUGCAAGUGAAAGUAGCUGUCGAUCGUAUCAUCAUUUGAAUGAUAAGUAGAUAUUAAAUUUUAGGAAAGAUUACUUAAAAAAUGCAUUUAUAGAUUUGUAAGAAUAUUUAUGAGAUAAUUUUAAUGAAAUAUUUGCCUUCCGAUUUUUGCAUUUUACGCCAAUCAAUCAGUAUUUUCCGGUUUCUCAAAUUUUUUAAAACGAAUGACUGUGUAUUGUCAUUUAUUUACAAUUUGUUUUUAAACACUUUUUUUUUCUUUCGUGUUACAAUAAUUGAGGUACAAACAAUUAGAUUAAGUUUAAGAUGUAAAUAAAUAAGUAAUUUUUUUCGUAUAUAUUUUAUUAAGAUGAAUUUUAGUGCUAUACUUACUGUUAAUUAAUCAAAUAAAAAUGACUUAUACAAUGAAUAGUUUAAGUGUAUU